CGUGACACAUUACGUUAAUGAGGCCGGACCUUCGCAUCUCAGCGGAGUCUGAGUUCAGAGAGGACACGGAAGAGGAGUGGGAAGGUUACCGUACGAGAUUUAACUCGACAUUAAGCCGUCAGGAAGCAAACUGUUAGCAAGCAUGGCCAAGCCACUGACGGACCAGGACAAGAGGAAGCAGAUCUCGGUUAGGGGGCUGGCCGGGGUGGAAAACGUCUCGGACCUGAAAACCAAUUUCAACCGGCACCUCCACUUCACCCUGGUGAAAGACCGAAAUGUGGCCACCAAACGGGACUACUACUUCGCCCUGGCCAACACGGUCCGGGACUACCUGGUGGGACGCUGGAUCCGGACACAGCAGCACUAUUAUGAAAAAGACCCCAAACGUGUCUACUACCUCUCCCUGGAGUUCUACAUGGGUCGCACUCUGCAGAAUACCAUGGUCAACCUGGCCUUGGAGAACGCCUGCGAUGAAGCCACAUACCAGCUGGGCCUGGACAUGGAGGAGCUGCAGGACAUCGAGGAAGAUGCCGGUCUAGGCAACGGUGGUCUGGGUCGCCUGGCUGCUUGCUUCCUGGACUCCAUGGCCUCUCUGGGCCUGGCUGCUUAUGGAUACGGCAUCCGCUACGAGUUUGGCAUCUUCAAUCAGAAAAUAGUCGACGGCUGGCAGGUGGAGGAAGCUGAUGACUGGCUGCGCUAUGGCAACCCCUGGGAGAAGGCUCGGCCCGAGUACAUGCGUCCGGUCCACUUCUACGGACGAGUGGAGCACACAGAGGAAGGAGUGAAGUGGGUCGACACACAAGUGGUUCUGGCUCUUCCUUAUGACACCCCAGUCCCCGGUUACAGAAACAACAUCGUCAACACCAUGAGACUGUGGUCUGCUAAGGCCCCGUGUGACUUUAACCUAAAGGACUUUAAUGUUGGUGGCUACAUUCAAGCCGUGCUGGACAGAAACCUGGCUGAGAACAUCUCCAGGGUCCUCUACCCUAACGACAAUUUCUUUGAGGGGAAGGAGCUGCGUCUGAAGCAGGAGUACUUUGUCGUAGCAGCGACUCUUCAGGACAUCAUCCGCCGAUUCAAAGCCUCCAAGUUUGGCUCCACUGAGUUUGUGCGACUGGACCUGUCUUCGCUGCCGGACAAGGUAGCCAUCCAGCUGAACGACACCCAUCCUGCUAUGGCCAUCCCCGAGCUGAUGAGGAUCCUGGUGGACGUUGAGAAACUCACUUGGGGGAAGGCCUGGGACAUUGUGGUCCGUACCUGUGCCUACACCAACCACACCGUCCUGCCCGAAGCCCUGGAGCGCUGGCCCGUCGACCUCUUCCAAAACCUGCUGCCACGUCAUCUGGAGAUCAUCUACGAGAUCAACCGCAGGCAUCUGGAGCGCAUCGCCACGCUAUACCCUGGAGAUCUUGACCGCAUGCGCCGAAUGUCCCUGAUCGAGGAAGGGGACGUCAAGAAAAUCAACAUGGCCCACCUGUGCAUUGUGGGAUCUCAUGCUGUUAACGGAGUGGCCCGCAUCCACUCCGAGAUCAUCAAAGACACCGUGUUCAAGGAUUUCUAUGAAGCGGACCCUGAAAAGUUUCAGAAUAAGACCAACGGCAUCACACCCAGGCGCUGGCUGGUCAUGUGCAACCCUGGCCUGGCUGAGGUCAUCGCAGAGAGGAUUGGUGACGACUACAUCCGUGACCUUGACCAGCUGAAGAACCUUCUGGACUUUGUGGACGAUGAUUCCUUCAUUCGGGAUGUUGCCAAAGUCAAACAAGAGAACAAGUUGAAGUUUGCUGCCCACCUUGAGGAGACUUACAAGGUGAAGAUCAACCCCAACUCCAUGUUUGAUGUCCAGGUGAAGAGGAUCCACGAGUACAAAAGGCAGCUGCUCAACUGCCUGCACAUCAUCACGCUGUACAACCGAAUCCAGAAGGAACCCAACAAGUCAUGGACCCCCAGGACCAUCAUGAUUGGAGGAAAGGCGGCUCCCGGUUACCACACGGCCAAGAUGAUCAUCAAGCUGAUCACAUCGAUUGGAGACGUCGUAAAUAAUGACCCCAUGGUGGGAGAUCGCCUCAAAGUCAUCUACCUGGAGAACUAUCGGGUCUCUCUGGCUGAGAAAGUUAUUCCUGCAUCUGACCUGUCGGAGCAGAUCUCAACAGCAGGCACUGAGGCCUCUGGCACCGGGAACAUGAAGUUCAUGCUGAAUGGAGCCCUCACCAUAGGCACCAUGGAUGGAGCCAACGUGGAAAUGGCAGAGGAAGCUGGAGAGGAGAACCUUUUCAUCUUUGGCAUGAGGGUGCCCGAUGUGAAGGCUAUGGACAAGACUGGUUAUGACGCCAUGUCGUACUACAACCGUAUCCCAGAGCUGAAGCAGGCAAUGGACCAGAUAUCUGGAGGCCUCUUCAGCCCCAGCCAGCCUGACCUCUUCAAAGACCUCGUCAACAUGCUGUUGCAGCACGAUAGGUUCAAGGUGUUUGCAGACUACGAGGACUACAUCAAAUGUCAAGAGAGAGUCAGCGAACUCUACAAGGACCCUAAAGAGUGGACCAAGAUGGUGAUCCACAACAUCGCCGGCUGUGGCAAAUUCUCCAGUGACCGCACCAUCUCCCAGUAUGCCAGGGAGAUCUGGGGCAUGGAGCCCAGUCUGGAAAAGAUCGCCGCUCCUGACGAUCCUCGCUAACACUUCCACACUGUAGCUCACCAUGUGACCCCGUAGCUUUUCCCUUGUGCACUGUGACAUUAUCUCUUUACUUUAUUGUUAACCCUGAUACCAGCUCUAUUACUUCCAGUUCAUCUUGCAGUAACCUGUAUCAAAGUGGACUGAGCCACAGUCUGGGCUCUGGUCUGUGCACUGCAGGGUGAAAACCUCAGCAUUUCAGCGUUUGGCCUACAUUUCACCUUGAAAAGAAAUUGUGAAAUAUUAAACAAAUAAUGUAAGCUUUCUUAUAAUGGAAGUUGGGAAAUUCUAACAUCAACCAGGAGCUAAGAAAAUUAAGACUUUAAUAUAUAUUUUUUAUUUAACACUUGUUCUAACUGCAUCCCCCUUCAACUGCACAGACGAUGUGGCUCCCAAAACCCAUAAAAAAGAGCAGAUAAACCUCAACACUGUUCUGGUCAUGAACAAUAGGAGAGGGGAGUUGCUCGGUGGUUAACCUGCGCAGGGCCUUGUAGCAGCUCUGUGACUGCACUGUGUAACAAGGAAGCCAUUAAUGUUCUUUAUUAAAAACUUCCCAGUUUAUGUGUUAUGUGCGUAUAUAUCCAUUCUGUGUGUGUUAUUAGCAGAGGUCAGGGGAGCCCUGCAAUGUCCUCAGCAUGUUUGUGUGUGUCUCAUUCUACUGUAGUCCCUUCAUGAAAGUGACCUGUGUUAGAAGAUAACAAAGCCUUCUCUGCCUAACAACCCAAAGUGACUGAAUUAACCUUUGGAAGCUGUGUUUCUUGUAGUGUAGUUGUUUGUGUUUAGCACGUGUGAGUUCAUGACACUGUGGCUAUCCGCUCGAUCGAUGUACUGUAACAGCAAACUGUCUGACUGACCACGCUGAACCUUUCAAUUCACUCUCAGCCAGUAUGUUUCCGUUUUAGUCAAUAAAGGACAAAUCUGAAUUAACAACCCA